ACUCAGUCUCUGUGACUCAGGCUGCCUCCUUCGUCAGCAUAGGGUCUGAGUUGGUAAGCUGUUCUCUGACUCAGAUGCCAUGAGGCACAAAGUUCCUUGAGCUUGGGUGAAUGGAAACAUAAGACGUUGAGUUCUUCUGUGUAGUUUUAUCAUGAGAAUUUUAUCAAAGCCACAUUUAUUAAGUGUUCAUCUCAGGUUGCAUUAUACUGAGGUCGCUUCCUCAAGAUGACCAUCUAAAGCAAAAUGCAUAUGCUUUCACAGGUGGCUGAGAACUGAGUCUUCCUGGAGACUAGGCUGGCAUUUUGACUUUGGGGUUGCUGAAAAGCCAAGGGUCAAAAUGACCGAGCGCUUUGACUGCCACCAUUGCAACGAAUCUCUCUUUGGCAAGAAGUACAUCCUGCGGGAGGACAAUCCCUACUGCGUGGCAUGUUUCGAGACCCAAUACGCCAACACCUGCGAGGAGUGUGGGAAGCCCAUCGGCUGUGACUGCAAGGACUUGUCCUACAAGGAUCGGCACUGGCAUGAAGCCUGUUUCCACUGCUCGCAGUGCAGAAGCUCUCUGGUGGACAAGCCCUUUGCUGCCAAGGAGGACCAGCUGCUCUGUACAGACUGCUAUUCCAACGAGUACUCGUCCAAAUGCCAGGAAUGCAAGAAGACCAUCAUGCCAGGUACCCGCAAGAUGGAGUACAAGGGCAACAGCUGGCAUGAGACCUGCUUCAUCUGCCACCGCUGCCAGCAGCCAAUUGGAACCAAGAGUUUCAUCCCCAAAGACAAUCAGAAUUUCUGCGUGCCCUGCUAUGAGAAACAACAUGCCAUGCAGUGCGUUCAGUGCAAAAAGCCCAUCACCACAGGAGGGGUCACUUACCGGGAGCAGCCCUGGCACAAGGAGUGCUUCGUGUGCACCGCCUGCAGGAAGCAGCUGUGUGGGCAGCGCUUCACGGCUCGCGAUGAGUUUGCCUACUGCCUGAACUGCUUCUGUGACUUGUAUGCCAAGAAGUGUGCUGGCUGCACCAACCCCAUCAGUGGACUUGGCGGCACAAAAUACAUCUCCUUUGAGGAACGGCAGUGGCAUAAUGACUGCUUUAACUGUAAGAAGUGCUCCCUCUCACUGGUGGGGCGUGGCUUCCUCACAGAGAGGGACGACAUCCUGUGCCCCGACUGCGGGAAAGACAUCUGAAGUCAACACAGAGAAGUUGCUGCCUGUGAUCUCACACACAGAUUUAUACAUUUUCUUUCUCAACCAGGCAUUCUUGCCUUCUGGUUUCUUUCAGCCACAUCGAGACUUUCUUCUUGUGCUUUUCAGUGAUACUCACGUUUCCUUAAACCCUUUAGUGCUUUGUGCUAGUUCUAGUUCAGUGCCAGGGAAAAAACUCUCCAUAGGCCUUAGGUGGGAAGCUGGUUUGAAAUUUUUGUAAUUGGAUAAGGCACACCCAAAUGUAAAAAUCCUUUUGAAUGAUGUCUUUAUAAAUCUAUCUUUCUCUCACUGCCUAUUUAAGUGCAAUUAAUAUAUGUCACAAAUUCAGAAGUUUUCUAAACUCAGUAAGGUAAUGACCAGUGCGUAUUUACAGUUCUAUAACUUUCUGUUGUGUCAAGCCUAAAGUAAGAUUAUUUGACUUACAAUAAAGUUAUUCAGAACA